CAGUUGGCUGCGGCCGCGAGCUCUUGAAGGACCCCGAGAUAAGAGAUUAGAAGAUGAAUAAUCUUUCAUUUAGUGAACUCUGCUGCCUAUUCUGCUGUCCACCAUGUCCAGGAAAAAUUGCUUCCAAACUGGCAUUUUUGCCCCCAGACCCCACAUAUACACUGAUGUGUGAUGAAAGUGGAGGUCGCUGGACUCUACACCUUUCUGAUCGCGCAGACUGGCAAUACUCUUCAAGAGAAAAAGAUGCCAUUGAAUGUUUCAUGACUAGAACCAGCAAAGGUAACAGGAUUGCCUGUAUGUUCGUGCGUUGUUCUCCUAACGCCAAGUACACUUUGCUUUUCUCACAUGGAAAUGCUGUUGACUUAGGUCAGAUGAGCAGCUUUUACAUAGGACUUGGUUCACGGAUUAAUUGCAACAUAUUUUCAUAUGAUUAUUCUGGAUAUGGAGCAAGUUCUGGAAAACCAACAGAGAAGAAUCUGUAUGCUGACAUCGAUGCUGCUUGGGUAGCUCUUAGAACAAGGUACGGAAUCCGCCCUGAAAAUGUGAUUAUAUAUGGCCAGAGUAUAGGAACAGUGCCAUCUGUGGACCUCGCUGCUCGUUAUGAAAGUGCUGCUGUCAUUCUUCAUUCUCCUCUAACCUCAGGGAUGCGUGUAGCCUUUCCUGAUACUAAGAAGACCUACUGCUUUGAUGCAUUCCCAAACAUUGACAAAGUCUCUAAAAUAACAUCUCCAGUGUUAAUAAUUCAUGGAACUGAAGAUGAAGUGAUUGACUUUUCACAUGGCCUAGCAUUAUUUGAACGCUGCCAAAGACCUGUGGAACCACUGUGGGUAGAAGGAGCAGGACACAAUGAUGUUGAGCUUUACGGACAGUAUCUUGAAAGAUUAAAACAAUUUGUUUCACAGGAACUGAUGAAUUUGUAAAUGGCUUUAUAUAGUUUCUUGCUGUUGAAUUUUGUUGCAGAACUGCACAACUUAGUAACCACAACAUAAAACCUGAUGGUUUUGUUUUCAAAUCAGGUCAGUUGCCUUCAUAUAUGUACAGGUAAUGAUUUGUAAACAUAAUUAAUGAAGGUUUUAAAACCAGUGACAACUGGAACGAUGAAUGAUAGAGACAAGCUUAUGUGGUUUGUAUAUUUUGUGCAAGUUUUCUUAGACUAUAUGUAAGUCAAUUUGCAAGUCUUUCUUAAGAUGUACAAAAAUCAUAGAGAGGAAAGUGAAAUUUUAAUUAUGUAAAAUCAGAUGCUGUAAAAGUGUUGCCAAAUGCUUUAGCAUAUCAAACAAGUUUAUAUACAAUAUUUUUAAAACAUCUCAAAGUGUACUAUGACUGUGUUGCACAGAUGUAA